UUUGACUUAUACCUUUUUACCACUUCGCUGCUGAUUUGAAUAAUGAUUUAAAUAAGACAACUAAUAACGCCCUCUCUAAGGCAUAACAUCUUUGAAUGAGGAUUAACCAUAACGAACAGAAAAAGAACUCGUAAUUUCGCGGGCUUUUCCGCGCGUGCCUUAAGCCCCAGUCGCAUGAGCGACAGUUUUUGGCAGUCGCCGGCGUGCGAACCCGGCCUGUCCCGUUUCGCAUGUUUUCUAUGUACAAAAAGUCUGUACAAAAAUUAUUAUAAACUAAUAAAUCUAUGAACACAGAUAAACACAGACGUUAAGAUGCUGGCGAGAAUACCGCAGGGACCGCUCACCACUGCUUUCAAGACUGGUUCAGCUCCCACAAAGUACCUGCCCCCCUGGAGGAAAUGUUUCUCCUCAGAGAGCAAGCCCCCGGAGCUGGGUCCCAGCGUGACGGGAUUCCCCCCUCUAUCCCAGCCUCUGCGGCACCUCGCGAAGGCGGUGUACUCUAGCGCCAAAGAGGAGCACCAAACCACCGAAAUAACAGUCCUCCCGAGCGGCCUGCGAGUGUCCUCGGAGAACCGUUUCGGCCAGUUCUGCACAAUAGGAGUCCUGAUAGACUCAGGCCCGAGAUUCGAGGUGGCCUACCCCAGCGGGAUCUCCCACUUCCUGGAGAAGCUCGCCUUCAACUCGACGAAGAACUACGAGAGCAAAGACCACAUAAUGCUGAUGCUGGAGAAGCACGGAGGCAUCUGCGACUGCCAAGCCUCCAGGGACACCUUCGUCUACGCGGCCUCAGCGGAGCGUCACGGCCUGGAUUCAGUGGCCAAAGUCCUGGGGGACAUAGUCCUGCGACCGAGGAUAACCGACGAGGAGCUGAGUGUGGCCGGCCAAACGGUGGCCUUCGAGCUGGAGUCCCUGCUGACGAGACCCGAGCAGGAGCCCCUCCUCAUAGACAUGAUCCACGCCGCAGCCUACAGAGACAACACCCUGGGGCUCCCCAAGAUCUGCCCCCAGGGGAACAUCGAGAAGAUCGACAGGAGGAUUUUGUUCACGUACCUGAGGAACCACUACACCCCGAGGCGAAUGGUGGUCGCUGGAGUGGGAAUCGAUCACAAUGACCUAGUCAGGGCUGUGGAGAAGUACUUCGUGGAGGAGGGGGCCAUUUGGGACGAGGAUGCUAGUCUAGUGCUUCCUGACAGGGGGGCCCACGUGGUGGACGAGUCGGUGGCUCAGUACACAGGGGGCUACAUCGUCGAGGAGUGCAGUAUUCCAGUUUACGCUGGUCCAAGUGGUUUACCAGAGCUCUCGCACAUUGUCGUGGGCCUCGAGGGCUGCUCCCACCAGGACCCAGACUUCAUAGCCAUGUGUGUGCUGAAUAUGAUGAUGGGUGGUGGCGGGAGUUUCAGCGCUGGGGGCCCUGGCAAGGGCAUGUACACUAGGCUGUACACCAAUGUGUUGAAUAGGUACCACUGGCUCUACAGCGCGACAGCCUACAAUCAUGCUUAUGCUGACACUGGGCUGUUCUGCAUUCACGCCUCGUCGACGCCGACGCACGUCAAGGAGAUGGUGCAGGUGGUGGUGAAGGAGCUGGUGGCCAUGGCUGGACCCAUGACGGAGAGCGAGCUGGCGAGGGCCAAGAAGCAGCUGCAGUCCAUGCUGCUUAUGAACCUCGAGCAGAGGCCUGUGGUCUUCGAGGACAUUGGCAGGCAGGUGCUCGCGACGGGCGUCAGGAAACGGCCGGAGUACUUCAUGCAGGAGAUCGAGAAGAUCACGAGGGAGGAUGUGCACAGGGUCGCCAGGCGUCUGCUCAAGUCCCCACCCAGUGUCGCUGCUCGGGGGGAGGUCAGGAAUGUGCCCAGUCUUGCGGAUAUUCAGGCUGGGCUGCUCGAUGCCCAGGGGAGGAUGCCCGGCACCCGCAGCAGGCUGUCUAUCUUUCGCUAGUUGAUGACUCUUUUUUUAUUGAAUUUAAAAUAUCGCGAUUUUUUUUCGCCGGAAUUACCCGACUCUAGGACUCUGAGAAUUGGAUAAAGUUAUGUCAUGCAAUUUCUUAUUGUUAAUAAAUUCGAAAGUAUUUAUAUGUAGAAUUCCAUUAUGGUAAUUUUCUGAUGACACCGGUUGAUUGUAAUGACACUAAAUUCGAACAUGUAAAUAAAUCUUGUUAUCGAUAGGA